CUCUCCUUACUAGCGUAGGGAGCAGCAGGUGUGUGUUGUGUGGGACACCGUGGGACCCCUCACCAAAGCUGAGGGGGAGACGAUAAAGUGACUGGAGGUCAACACAUUAAUGUUGAUACGUGUCGCUGUAGGUCGUAUCAAUAAAGGGUGUAAGGGUCGAUUUCAUUUACAGCUCGAGCCCAAUCCGGCCAAGUCGGAGCAGAGCGCAGAGCGGACGAGCAGCGGCGAUACCACCGCAGACACCGGACUCCAGUACCCGAGAGAACUGGUUGAAAUCAUCAGAAUGUGGUCCGUGUCGACGCUGGUUCUGCUCUGCGGAGUUUGGACCGUGGACGCAGAAAUCAACUCGCUGACCUACAUCUACACGGCCUUCACCCGGCCCGUCGGCCUGCCCGGCAUCCACGAGUUCUCAGCCAUCGGCCUGCUGGACGGCCGGCCCAUCGACUACUUCGACAGCGACACCCAGGUGAAGGUGCCCAAGGAGGACUGGAUGAAGGAGCGGCUGGACAAGGAAUACUGGGACAAGGGCACCAGCUCCCGGCAGACCAAACAGCAGUGGUUCAAGGUCAACCUCAAAAUCCUCACCGACCGCCUGAGGAAGAACGACACAGAUAACCACGUUCUCCAGUGGAGACAUGGUUGUGAGGUAAACACUGAUGGCCCUGAGAGGAAGCUCAGUGGGAUUGACCAGUACAGCUAUGACGGAGACGACUUCCUGUCCUUCGACAGCGAUAACAAGCAGUGGGUCGCCCCCAUGUUCGAAGCCAUGCCGACCAAGCGCAAGUGGGACGGCAUCCAGCAGCUCAACGACUACACCGACGGCUACCUUCACAACGAGUGUGUCCAGUGGCUGGAGACCUUCCUCAAAUACAGGAAGGAGGCCAAUAUUAAGGCCUCACGACCGGAAGUAUACAUGUCUGCCAGGCCCUUCAAGAACAACCUGAAGCUCAGCUGCCUGGCCACAGGCUUCCAUCCCAAGGAGAUCACUAUGAACAUCAGGAGGGACGGCCAUUUGGUGGACCGCGACGAUGGUCUGCAGUCCACGGGGAUCCGUCCUAACGGGGACGGGACCCACCAGAUCAAGAUGUGGGUGAUGAUUCCUGGGGGCGACACGGCCAAGUACACCUGUGAAGUCAACCACCCUGCGAGCAACAUCCAUGAGGUCAAAGAGUGGGAUCACCACUUGGAGGCUGAGGGACCCCCCAUUGGACUCAUUGUCGGGGCUGCUGUUGUUGGACUGGUGGUGCUGGGGAUCAUUAUCACUGGUGUGGUGAUUAUCACUGGUGUGGUGAUUAACCUCAGGGGAAGGAGGACACCAGCGGACAAAGAUGAAAACGCACGGAAGCUUCCAGAAAACCAUGGAGAAGAGGAGCCCCUCAAAGGUCCCGGCUCUGAAGCCGGCUCUGGUUCCAGCUCUGGUAUCAGCUCUAUUUCCAUCGAUGGUUCCAGCGAUGGUUCCAGCUCUGUUGAAAACGUGCGGGAGCUUCCAGGAAACCAUGGAGAAGAGAAGAAGCUCCUCAAAGGUCCCGGCGAUGGUUCCAGCUCUGGUUCCGGCGAUGGUUCCAGCUCUGGUAUCGGCUCUGAUUCCAGCGAUGGUUCCCACUCUGGUUCCAUCGAUGGUUCCUGCUCUGGUUCAAGCUCUGGUAUGAGCUCUGGUUCUAGCUCCAGUCUGGACCAUCCCCCUGAUCUAACUCAGGUCUGAGUCCCGAUCACCACAUCCUGGGGCGUCUUGCUACAUUCAAGACUUCCACUCCUGAUUUCUUGGUUUCUUCUACGCUUCUAGAGAACAUCUGUCUGUUGCUUUACGGACGACAGCAGAUAAAUCAUAUCAUAAGAUGAGACGCUUUGUGCUGAAUGUAUAGCUCGUGUGUCUGGACCAGACACACGAGCUGGGGUCUCUCGCUAGCUAUGGAUCGUUGGCUAACUUUGAGGCUCUUGCUUAAGAUGGGGAAUUUAGAUAAUGAUGAUGAUGAUGUUUGGACAUUUUUAAACUAGUCAGUAAUAGGAAGGAAUUGUUUCCACAUGAAACUUAUUCAGCUUGCGGGUUGAGGCCAAAUAAUCGCCACUUUGAUCCUUGUGUGACAAAUAAUUACAGAAGUGUUUAUAUUUGGUUUGGUUAUUUGUAGUAGUAAAGGUAAUCUAAUAAAAAAGAAAAACUAC